UGUUGUCUUCGCCGAGUUAUUCUCAAAAGAACGAAGAAAAAGAAUAAAUUAAUAGGCGGCAGGCGUAAUGUAACAGAUUGUAAAUUUAACCGUGCUAGUAGGCGUUACGCCCUUAGUCUGAGUUUGUCGUUUUGUUGUUGUACAUUUUGGCCGUUUUAUUUAAUAGUUUUUUUAGAGGUUUUGGCAAAAUUAACCAAUUAAAUUAGGAUAUCCGCGUAGUGUAUAAAUUUAAUGCAGCCCCCAGAGAAGCAGCUUCGGUGAUUGUAGUUUGUAGCCCAGAGUCAGUUCACCAUUGGUAACAUGUCAAGUCAAGUGGUGGGCGCUGCCCUCGGUGGCGCCCCAGCAGACCGUCCGUCCUCCGAGGACAAUGGUCGACAGCAGCAACAAAAUAAAAAGGACUCGGAACCAGUGGUGACGACGACAGGCAAGGACCCUCGCCCAACGAACACCGCCCGACGAACUGGUGGCGGCCAGGCGCCAUCCAAGAACCAAACUGGCAACAACGAGUGCCAGUUCUUCUUCGAGGACGAGGUCUUCCGCAUUGAUCGCCGUGGACGUGUCCAUUUCGGCGUGAUAACCGAGACGGCGGAAUCCUAUUCCUCCGACGAGGAGGAGGAGGUGGACGAGGUUCUGGCCAAGGGCGAGGUGCGCGUGGCCUUCUAUCCCGAUGGCAAGGAGGUGGUGCACACGGAACAAGCGAUUGGCCUUGCUGACAGAACUCUAAUGCCAGGGGAUGUCGUGAGGCGAUGCCUGCCAGGACAGAAGAAUCUCAUCGGCCAAGCCGGCUACGUUCGGGAUGUAAACGUUCGCGCCGAUGUCAAGGUCUUGGGCUCCAAGUAUGUCAUCAAAAACGUACCCGCUGAGCGGCUUCGACCCAUCUCCGAGUGGACCAGGGACGUGCCAGUGUGCCUGGGCACCUGGAUAGGCACCACCGUCAAUGUGGAUGAGUGCGCGGUGCUCAAAUCUGUUAAUGGUGGUCGUAUAGAAAUCACCUCCAACGACUUCCACAAGUUCAAAGAUGCAGUUUCGCCGUGCGCUCGAGAAGUCUUCAAUCCGAAUGUCUACUAUCCGGGCAACGUUGUGGUGGGUCGUCUUCCGCCCCAGGAUCGCAUCAAGAACCUGACUCCAGAUAUCUCCUUGCCAACCAAUCGUAAAAGUCGAGCAGUGUACACUGUGGAAUCUAUACGCACCACGUCCGUCAACGUGGCCUGGACCUGUCGCGCCAUUUCUCAGACCGAUAAUGGCACGGAUACUGAUCCGCUCAAACAUCCCAAUACGAACAUUAAGGGCGAGGACCUGGACGGCGUAAAGCGCCUUAAUAUAUACGAAUCCUACAUGCUGCAAAUCCACGAUCGAUUCUACCUCAAAUAUUCAAAAUGUGAUACAUUAGUUAAACACGCGGACUGGGAGGAGGAGCAAGCGGAGAAAUACCUUACUAUUUUUCAACGCCAACGUCUUGAGAGUAUGGUCGCAAAGGAUCCCCCGGGUAACAGUCCGGCUCCUUCAAGUAGCGGAAAUGCCCGUAAGUUCCGCCGCUUGGUGAGCAAGCCAAGCGUCACGAAGUUGCCCCGACCGAUUUGCGAUAAACAUCUCUCGCAAUCUGCGUCGAAAAUUCAGUCGGGUGACAACGAGGAGGCCUGGGAGUCCGGUGACGAUGAGGAGGACGAAGAGACAGUUCCAGAAACAUUGGAACCUGCAGAGAGUCCAGAAAAAUUAGCAGGUGGCGCCGAUGUUGUAGAAUCUGCCGAUGGCACGCCGCAAGCUCCAAAAAAUGCCACGCGAUAUAUAAAGCCCAGACGUCACAUAAAGAAGAAAAUUAGGAGUGUGAAAAAGCUGAUAGGUUCGCCAUUCAGCAAGAAAGAGCUGGAUCCCAAGGACGGCGAUGAGAUUGUGGUGGAGACGUUGGUGGUCUAUAGCUCAGUUACGGUGGUGUGGCAGGAUGGCAGUGUGGAGGCGGGGAUACACUCCACCCAGCUGUACCCGAUCCAUCAUCUCGAUAACCACGAAUUUUUCCCCGGCGACUUUGUCAACAAAGCCAACGAAAACAGCACUGGAGCCACUGAUUACGGUGUGAUUCAGUGCGUGGAUCAUGACGAACGAAUUGCCAAGGUCAAGUGGUUUAAUAUUUACUCCAAAGCAGAUAAUCCUGUCCCCACGUGCCGAGAGUCGGAAGAAUUAAGCGUCUAUGACUUGAAGGAUCACAGUGACUACCAAUACCGUCCCGGCACCAUGGUGAUUCGGGUGUCGAACUUCACAGGCGAAGACAUCAACUCAACUGCUGGACAGGUGAUUGACAACUUUCCUGAUGGCCGGGUCAGGGUUUGGUGGGCAAAGGGUCACAUCACAAUGUGCUAUCCACAAGACCUUUUCGAGAUAAACCAUAGCGAUCAGGAGCACGACGGUUAUGACACGGACCAGUCGGGGGACUCGUGGGAGACUCAGUCGGAGAACAGUCAGGUCAAUAUGAGUCUGUCCUCGCUGGACGGCGAGGAGCACAUUCUAAAGGGAGUAGACCUAGCGAGAGAGGCAGUGGAGCGUCUGGAAAAGAGCUACCGUGUUUUGCCCUGUAUACGAAAGCCGGAAGUGCUUCUUGACCUGGUUUCCGUGUAUAAGAAUUGUGUAUUCCUCGACAGUAUGUUCAACACCAACUUCUUCCACGAAGAGCACUUUCAAGGCAUUGUUCGUCGCAAACGGUCCAAAAAAGGGUCCCCAUGUCACGACUGUGGAAUUUGUGGCGAAGCUGCAAGGGCAACGACGCCCGAAGCUGCAGCCAAAAUUUUGGCGGAUGUCGCAGCGGCCAUUGCUGGUCACUCCAGCCAGACGCCCACUAAGAGGAAAUCUUCGACCGAGGGGGACGAAGUCCAGUGCAAAAAGACCACUGCCACUACAGUCAAUGAGGACUCUGAGGAGGAGGAAGAUGAGGAGGAUGAAAACUCGAUGUGCGAGCUCAAACUUACCGAAAGCGAAUCUAAGCUCAGCCGCGAGGAACUUAUAGACAAGCUUCACAGUGAGUUUACCGAAAUGUUCAAAGAGGCACAGGAUAGCAUCCACAAGGCGUUCGAAAUACACAUGAAGAGCGAUUCUGGAAUCGUCCACUCACGGCAGGAAAACGCUGGCGAAGAAACCAACGAAUUUAGGAACAAAUCGCUGAAAGAGAUCCAUGUUGAGUUAAUGGCCAAACCAAAUGUCGAUGUGUGCGAAGUGUUUUGCUUUUUGAUGAAGGAGCAGAUGGCUAAAUGCCGAAAGCUUAUCAUCGAGACCUAUAAACAGGCCAAGAGCGAAAAGAACGAUGAAGAGGAGGUGAGCGAAGCGGAAGAAGCCACAGAGGAUGAUGAUCCUGCACAGGCUGACAAUGAGGCCAUGGAACAGCCUCUCAACCUCAACGGUCUGUCUGAAUCCUUACCACCAAUACCCGGUCCCAUGGCCUGUUCGUCACCAUCAGCUAUGCCUGAAUCUCUAGAUACAAGCACGCCUCCUUUGUUCGAGAGUUGCUUUCAAGUGCUGCCCAAUGCUCCGGCAGCCCAUCACUUUAUCGGAACCUCAAUUACGCCGACCAACAAGUCACAGUACCAGAGGGCGGUGCAGCGCGAGUACCGCAUGCUGCAAGCCUCCCUGCCGCCCGGCGUGAUAGUGCGAGCCUAUGAGGAUCGCAUGGACCUCAUGUCUGUCAUGAUGGUUGGGCCCAAGCGUACUCCCUACCAGAACGCUCUGUUCUUCUUUGACUUCCAAAUGGGGCGCGAAUAUCCGAAGCACCCGCCCGUGUGCCACUACAUCAGCUACUGCACGGAGCGGCUCAAUCCGAACUUGUACGAGGAGGGGAAGGUGUGCGUCUCGCUGCUGGGUACCUGGUCAGGUCGCGACACCGAAGUGUGGUCCCCUACCAGCACCAUGCUGCAGGUUCUCGUCUCCAUACAAGGCCUCAUACUAGUCGAUGAGCCCUACUACAACGAGGCUGGCUACGAAAAACAAAGAGGGACGCAAUUGGGUAAUGAAAACUCUCGUGUCUACAACGAGAUGGCCAUCAUUAAGAUUGCCCAUUCAACGGUCAAACAGUUGAAGAAUCCGCCUCUGAUUUUCCGCCAAGAACUGAUAGACCACUUCAAGGAGUUUGGCGGAGAGUUGCAUGGUCGCAUGCAGGCCUGGUCGGAAUACUCGCUGGAGGCACAACGUCGCCGUAUAGCCUGCAUCAAGGACAUGCCCGAGGACUACAAGGCGCCAUGUGACAUGCCAGAGUUCCCCCUGCUGCCCUGCAGCCGAGGUUUUUGCAUUGCGGUCAAGGGUGUUUUGGCGCAACUGCAAACCGAAUUGACUGCCCUAGAAGCUAGUAGUCCGGAGGGGAAGGAGGAACGUAGUGGCAUUGAAGCUUCAACGGGAACCGGAACUGCACCGCGUGCUGCUCCCGAGGAGGUCUAACUACCGAAAAUGGAGUGACCCCUGCCAAGCCCUUGCCUGUGAAAUUGGUGCCUCAAAUGCGAAACACAAGACUUUUGCCGCCUCUGUUCGGGAUUCAGUCUGGCCUCCGGCAAUGGGCUAUGUUUUAUAUUUACGCUAUCGAAUCUCGAAUUUGUUCUCUCGAAUUGCUGGCAAUAUGCCUCUUAGUUAAAAUAAUUUCCUAAAUUUAUUGCUAAUAUUACUAUUUUUCCACAACAAAAAAACUCAAAAAUAAUGGAAAAAAAAAUUUAUGAUAAGCUCAAGUACAUAUAUGCGUAUAUAGCACUUAGCUAAACUAGAUUGUACAUGGCUAUGCCUCUCAUGUAAUGUCAAUUUUAUUAGUUUUUAGUUAUGGGCCGCAAACCAGUGGCGUUUUGUUAGGUGUAUCGUUUGGAAUAUUUGUGUCCUGGUCUGGUCUGGUUUGGUCCAUGUAAAUCUUUGUAAAUCCCCGCGCUGCGUUAUAGUUGGAAUUCCACUAGAGCUUAGCUUAGUUAGUCUAGCCCCAGCCCCAAAUCGCAUCAUGUACGUUAAUAUUGUAAGCUAGCCAAUGCAAGAAGUGUGAAUAAAUUAGCAAUUUUA